AUGGACUUUAUGCAUCUCAGGAGGGACAUUAGAAAAUAUGGUGUUAAGCGCAAUGCACCAGAGUGUGUCAAGACUUAUCGGAGAACCAACUGCAAAUUUGAAACCGAGAUCAACAGAGAGAUUCGCUUCGGUGGCUUUGCCUCCAGCUCAGAGGGUGGUUAUCCUUCUCCUCAUUUUGGCGACCAAUCAUGUUUUGAGAUUAUCACCUGCUUUGGAGCACGCAUCUCAAAGUUCUCUAUGUUUGGAUGGGAAAAGGAGGUCCUGAUCCCUCCGUAUGAGGUUUUUAAGGUAACAGACAUACAGAAAAGAUCUGGGAUUCAGUUUGUAGACAACCUUCCAUGCAAGGUUGUCUACAAACUGAAGAGCACAAAAAACCUACGUUCCGGUUUAAACUGUGCUCUCACCAAGUCAGGAGGCAGAGCCAUCGCUGAAGCCCUAGAGUAUCUCCGCAAAACCAUGAGACCAACCACCUAUGAACUUAAGACUGUUUUGCUCCAUGUUUAUGGUCCAACUGUGAACGAUGACGUGUCAUUUCCAGAAGUUUCUGACAGCUUGGUGUUAGCUGGUGCUAAAAGGUUACACUGUUUGCUCCCUCCGUACGAAGUUUUUAGAGUAACAGAUAUAAAGGAACGCUCAAAGCACAACAAACUUCCUUGUGAGGUUGUCUACAAACUUCAGAGCACAAACAAUCCUCUGUCCAAUUUAAACUGUGAUCUGAUCGAGAAGAAACCUCCUCAUGGUUUUAACUGAACAGUCUAGAAAUAAAAGUAACUGCAAAUCUGGACAUGAUUUGAGAUUUUUUUAAGAAAAUUGGCUACUCAGUUCUGUUUAACAAUUAGAUAUGAUAACAAAUAUAUAACAGUGAGUGUGUACACCUAUAAGCACUACUGUGUAAAAAAAUUUUUGAAAAAAUUGUCUAAAUUGUAAAGCUGAAAUUAAAUGACAGGCAACAUUGAAAUGUUAAUUCACAUAAGUGCACAUUAAUUUGAACUACAACCAUUAACUUUCUCCUCUCUUUGCUUCUCAAACUGAGCUUGGUGAUGACUGUACACAGAAUCAGACAUGGCUUUUUAAAUAUAUAAUACUUAAAUGAUGAUGAUCUACAAAUAUUUACUCUUCACACGCAGUUGGGAGGUUGGUAAAGGUUAUGUUUUCAUAUAAGUUUAGCUUAUGAACUUCUGCUUUAUGUAUAAAGCAGUGUAGACCAGGGCUGGUGGGCAGAAGCCUUAUUCAUAUAAUUAGCUGGGCUGCUUUAGAUUGUAAUUUUUUUAUGUGACUACAAUGAAAAGAUAAUCUGCAUUUAAAUGUAUAAAAAUUUGAAUUGUGAACUGCAUAUGCAUAUGAAGCUGGAUUUGAAUCUGUAUGAUUGGACUGUUUUAGAUGGAUAAGAUUUUGAUUUGAACCAGAAUAUAUUCUGUGUGAUUGGACAUGAAUUUGACCCUUUUGUCUUAUGUGAGACGAUAUCUGUUGUGAAUUAUUGCUAUUUAAAAUAACUUUUAAGUGUCUUUAAAAUAGUUAAAUGUUUGAUGGUUGUGAUCAUUUAUUUUGUUCAUCUGCUAUAUUUCCUGAUUGAUUUUUUCUGUUUUAAUAAACAUUAUAUUGGAACACCUGA